AAGAUUGGUCCCUCUCCCCCUCUCUCUCUCCUCUCUUUCUUAAAAGUCUAAAAACACCUUUUGAUGAGCUUUUGCUUGACAGAUUUCCCAAUAAAUAAACCCUUCUUAACCUUUGACCCUUCUCCUCUUUCAAGGUUUCCUCUCAUACUUUCACUUCUCCAUUGAUCUCCACUCACUAAACCAAACAAUACAAUGCAGCAAACCCACAAAUUCCCCUCUAUCAGCUGAGGAACACAAGAAUUAAAUUAUCAUUAAUAAAUCGUCAUACGACAUCUACAACAAUCUCCCCAUUUGACCCCCUUUUCUUUUCUAAACUAAAAAUGGGUUGUUGUCUUAGUACCCAUGAAAACAAACACAUCCCAAAACAUCAUCAGAACAACCACCACCACCCACAUGAUUACCACCACCCCACUGUUUCCAAAUCCCCUCCAAGAGCUGAAGAAGAAGCUGUCAAAGAAGUCCUCUCUGAAACCCCAAAGCCCAAGCCCAGGCCCAGGUCCAGGCCCGAAAGUCCAGCUCGAGUGGGCCUUGUAGAUGUGGAUGAUGAUACAACAAAGCCCAAGCUCCUCCUUCUCACUACCCCUACUAAAAAGGUGUUCGGGUACCCGGACCCAUGUACUACUACUCCAGAAGAGAUCUCUGAAGUGUCGGAAAUGUGUAGCGUCAGUGAGAGUAUUUCCACAAAUACCCUCAAAGAAGAUGAGUUCAUAUAUUCAAAUAAUAAUAAUAAUAAUAGAGAGUCGACCGUUGCUAAUAGUACUACUAGCAGUGGUGAGAUUCGUCAACGAGUGUAUAGAUCUCAAGGGUACAAUGGUCAUUUAAAUCAUUUCCAACAACACCAAAAUCAGCAACACCAGCAACACCACCACCAACAACAGCAACAACAACAGUAUAAUAAGAAUCAAGGGAGAUCGCCAGCAAGAAGAAGGCCCGAGCCCUCGCCGCCACGUAGGCGGUAUCCGGGCUCAGGUGGGACCCGGAAGGAGCUAGUGGGGGAUAAUUCGGGCCGGAGAUCACAGUCCCCGGGAAUGCGGGCCAAUGUGGGCCGGAGCCCGUCGGCUAGGAGGACUGGGCCGUCGCCGGGCCGGGUGAGGAUGGUACAUGGGCCCGACAACGGGAGAAAGAUGGAGGAAGAGGAGGUGGAGGUGGUGGAUAAUGAGGAGGACAAGAGAGAGAGUGAUGAGUGGGAAGGUCCAAAGGAGUCACUUGAAAAUCCACUUGUUUCUUUGGAAUGCUUCAUAUUUCUCUAGAUUAUUAUUGCAAUUUGCAAAGAAUGCAAAUAGUAUGGUAAUUUUAGGUAGUUGGUUUGCUUCAUCUAAUUCAUUCUGUUUUUUCUUCUAAUGUUUAUUUGCACUUUUAAUUGUAAAUGUUAGUAGUAAUUAGUAAUUAGUAAUUAGUGUUAGAAUGUGAUCUCAAUAGGGGGUUCAUCUUGUUAUCUAACUGUUUAAUAUUCAAUCUUAUUAUACCUCUCCCAAAAUUAACUUCCCAAA